AUGGAAGUGCCCCUCCUAUCCCCCAGCACCAUCAGCGACACCAUCUUCCCCUCCACCCCCACCGCCGUCCCCGCCUCACAGAUCGACGCCACCUUCUCGCAAACCACCAACCUGACCAGCAGCGUCCUCAACGCCCGCAUCCACUCCCUCAGCGACGAAUACUUCGCCUCGGCCGCCAACCUGCUCACGCCGACGCCCGCGGUCCGCAAGCCAGGCGUCUACGUGCACUCGGGGGCAUGGUACGACGGCUGGGAGACGCGCCGCCACAACCCGAAGCCAUUUCUGGGGUGUGUGGGGACCAUCGAGGGCGUCGAGGUGGACACGGCGCAUUUCAGCGGGAACGAGGCGCCGGAGGUGGGGUUGGAUGGGUAUUUCGCGCCGGGGGAACAGGGCGGGGACGCGGUGAGCGGCGACGGGUUCGAGGGGUGGAGCGAGGUGCUCCCCAGGAGCGCUUGUGGGCCGGAUCGGAGGCAGGCGUGGAGGGUGCGGGAUCAGGGCAGGCAGUAUACGCAUCUGAGGUUGAAGAUGUAUCCGGAUGGCGGGAUUGCGAGGUUAAGGGUUUAUGGGCAUGCCGUCCCGCCGCCGCUGGAUGCUGUGAUGGCUGUGCAGGGGGACGGGCCGGGGUGGAGGAACUCUCGAGUGCGUUGCAUGGGGGAGUUGCGGUGGAGUGCUCGGACCAGCAUUUUGGGGUCAAGAGUAACCUCCUGCUGCCAUGUAGAGGAAAGGAUAUGGGAGAUGGGUGGGAGACUGCUCGGUCAAGGGUGA